UCCGUACCCUGACCUCCAGCUCGUUCGGACGCAAGUGUAAGCCCAUAUGCUCUUCGAGGGAAUGGAUGAUUCUGGUAUCCUGCCAGCUCCCAGAAAGUUCCUGACGUUUCGCCCAUCCUCCACAACCUGAGAGACCGUCAUAACCAAAUCAAGGACACGCCAUCAUUCGGCGCUCAAACUCAAUCGAUCCUCCGCUGAGAAAUCAAGGUAGGGCUUAUUGGUGCUUGGCGAUUUGUGUCGCAGUUUGCGGUUUCCCCUAUCGUGCUCUCCUAGAUAAUCCUGUAUUGUUUGCAUCCCACAUGCAUGGAUAUCGUUACCUCCAAUCUGUCUUAUAUUUUUAAUAUGCUUGCUUGUUCUUGAGGAAACGAUAUGCAUAUGUGCGGUUUCCUCCCAUGGAAAUGAGAUACCGGUAAAUUUAGGAAGACAUAUGGAUAUGGUGUGUUCGAAUUUCUUCUUCAUCUUCUCUAGAGCCGACCCGUGGACAUGAUUUGUAUGUGUGUGGCAAUCAAGUUAUCAUGUCCUUGGAUAUGCUUGCUAAUUCAUAGGUCAAUUGAUGCGAAGAUCGGAUCCAUGGUAUCGUUUUGUGAAAGCCAACACAAAAUCGUUCUUCGCGCGAACAAAAAUUUCUCCUCGUUUCUUGCUGCAUUCUGAUUUUUUUUUUUUGAGGUAAACAUUCUGAAUUUCUAAUCAAUUCUAUCUGCGUUUUCUGCAUGCCUCUUGCUGUAUGGUUUCAGAUAUAUGUUGGCACUUGAGAAUCAUUUAAUUAAUUAAUUGUAGUAUAUUCAAGCUCCGUGAACUUCAUGGUAUAUAUUUGUGGAUGCCAAACAUAUAACUGGUGCAUGCUUAUUCUGGUGAAUCUGUUGUUUGAGUAAAGAUUGCAGGCAGCUAGCACAUCGAUUCCAUGGGGGCAAGUGCGAAAUCUCUUGUGGAAACUGCAGCCAGACAGAUCAAGCCUGUCAAUGGACUGCCAAGGCUGAUGACGAUUACUACUCCCCAGAAGCAUGAGAAGGAGAUCAGGUCUACUAAGUCGGCCCUCACAAAAGAUGAAAACGCCGAGCCCCUCGUUGCUUUUAGCCGACCACCUCCCAUGCCACCCGUUCUAGGCCCCCUGAUCGCGCUCUCGCUCUUUCAAACUUCAUCUAGUGAUGAAGACAGCAAAUGAGUCAGCCAGGGAGCUACCAUGGCUGAUCUUUGAGUUGGUAACUUUCCAGAGGCAAGCCUUGUACAUAUUGCGAAGCUGUGGUGAUGUUACUCCUCUGUAGUAGUCUAGUACUGUAUGUAGUAGCUUAGUAGGCAAUCUGAAGUCUGAAGAAUGUUGUAGUAGUAAAGUGUAGUAACUUUUCAGAAUUUUGAGUUCUCAGUUCCACGACUCCUACCUGGGGUCGGCUCUGUUGUGUAUUGACGUGCUCGUUCUCGGGUUACUGGUCCUCUUCGUCGCGGUCUGCCUCAUACAGGUUUCCAUCUUGCUCAUGUGCGAAUGGUACGACGGCAAUACGGAAGGAAACAGAUUCCUAAAUAGCCUGAAUGCCUGAUCCAGUCAGAUGGAGAUUUUCAGGAUCUUGUUCAUCCGAUUAUGUAGUCGGAUUCUCUCUAUGGUAUUGGGAUUCGGAAUUAUAGCAUGUAAGUGCUGACUGCUGAAAGCAAAGUAUAUAAAUUGGCAUUUGCAAGUUGUUGUCUUCA